GCCGCGGAGCCGCCGCCGCUGCCGGGGCAGCCCAGCGGGUCCGGCCCCCGCUGCGGGGUGAGGGGAGCGGCGGAGCGGGGCACGGCGGCGGGGGGGAAGCGGUGCUGCCGCCGCCACCAUGUCCGGGCGCGGCCACAACAAGCUGCCGACCACCGAGCGCAUCGUCAAGGCUGUCCCAUUCCCCCCCACGCAGAGGCUGACUCUGAAGGAGGUGUUUGAGGAUGGCAAGCCCAGGCUGGAUGUCCUCAAGAGCCACUUGGUGAAGGAGGGGCGGCUGGAGGAGGAGGCGGCGCUGAAAAUCAUCAACGACGGCGCCGCCAUCCUGAGGCACGAGAAAACCAUGAUCGAGGUGGAGGCUCCAAUCACAGUGUGUGGUGACAUCCAUGGGCAGUUCUUUGACCUGAUGAAGCUGUUUGAAGUGGGAGGAUCACCCAACAACACCCGCUACCUCUUCCUGGGGGACUACGUGGACAGAGGCUACUUCAGUAUAGAGUGUGUGCUGUAUUUAUGGAGUUUAAAGAUAAAUCAUCCCAAAACCUUGUUCCUCCUUCGAGGGAACCACGAGUGCAGGCACCUCACAGAAUAUUUCACCUUCAAGCAGGAAUGUCGAAUCAAGUACUCGGAGCGAGUGUACGACGCGUGCAUGGACACCUUCGACUGUCUUCCUCUUGCUGCCCUCCUCAACCAGCAGUUCCUGUGUGUGCACGGGGGCCUCUCUCCAGAAAUCACAUGUCUAGAUGACAUUAGGAAAUUAGACAGGUUUAAGGAGCCUCCAGCCUUCGGGCCGAUGUGUGACCUGCUGUGGUCGGAUCCCUCGGAGGAUUACGGCAACGAGAAAACCCUGGAGCACUUUGCCCACAACACUGUCCGAGGCUGCUCCUAUUUCUACAGUUAUCCUGCAGUGUGUGAAUUUUUGCAGAACAAUAGUUUGUUAUCUGUAAUCCGAGCUCAUGAAGCCCAGGAUGCUGGGUACCGAAUGUACAGGAAGAGCCAGACCACGGGCUUUCCCUCGUUAAUCACAAUCUUCUCUGCACCAAAUUACUUAGAUGUCUAUAACAACAAGGCUGCUGUACUGAAAUAUGAAAACAACGUCAUGAACAUCAGGCAGUUCAACUGCUCCCCUCACCCCUACUGGCUCCCAAACUUCAUGGAUGUCUUCACAUGGUCCUUGCCUUUUGUAGGGGAAAAGGUCACUGAGAUGCUCGUGAACAUCCUCAACAUCUGCUCCGACGACGAGCUGAUCUCGGACGGCGACGAGACGUUGGAAGGUGGGACGACGGUGCGGAAGGAGAUCAUCAGGAACAAGAUCAGAGCCAUUGGCAAGAUGGCACGGGUGUUCUCAGUUCUUCGGGAGGAGAGCGAGAGCGUGCUGACCCUCAAAGGGCUGACCCCCACAGGUACCCUGCCCCUGGGAGUGCUCUCGGGGGGCAGGCAGACCCUGCAGACCGCCACAGUAGAAGCGGUAGAGGCACGGGAAGGUAUGGCUAGAACCCGGCGAGAGACUCAAAUCAUCUCCGUGUCCAUCCGCGGCUUCUCCCCGCAGCACAAGAUCCGCAGCUUCGAGGAGGCGCGGGGGCUGGACCGCAUCAACGAGCGCAUGCCGCCCCGCCGGGACUCGCUGCACUCGGACGGCCCCGCCGACAAAAAACCCCAGUAACCCCCGGACCCACCUCCAUGGAUUUUAUUUAUUUAUUAUUAUUAUUAUUAUUAUUAUUAAUUAAUUAUUAUUAUUAUUAUCGGGGUGCGGGGUGGGGGCACGGGGAGAAAUUUCAAUUUCAAGCUGGAGGCAACACGUCCAUGAAUCCAGUUCGCGUUUGUUUCUCGUGAGGAAGAGACCCUUUUGUAAAUUUUGGGGUUUUUUUUUUUUUAAUGUUCAAUAUAUAUAUAAAAAUG